CCGUGGGGUGCUGACCGGGGGGGCAGGGUCACCCCCUUUACCUGCUGCUGGGGAUUCCCUCACUUUGGCCCCGAACUCCUCGCCGGGGAGGGUGUUUUCCACUGCCAUCCUGCUCCCCUGGAUUUACCCGUCAAAAUCAUGCAGUGCCCAGCCCCCAGCAGCUAAGGCAGGCAGGUGCAGGGGUGGGGUGUGUGCGUGUGUGUUCCCUUCCCUUUAUUCACCUAUUUAUUUUAAAACUAAACCAUCUCGUCCAGAAAAAUCCCCUCGGAGCAAACAGCGAGCACACCCUCAACCUCCACUGCUCUGCCCACCCUCCUGAGGACGACUUUUGGGGGCAAGCAGUGCUGUCCUGUCUGGGUGGCCCAGGGGCAGCUCGUGGACAGCAGCUGCUGAGGGGCUGCUCUUGCAGGUCACCCUCUGCCACCAUGAUGGAGAAAGGGCCCCCCAACUCCAGCGAAGGCCAGCAAGGCUGGUUCUCAGCCAGGAAUGGCAGUGGCAGCUCCUUGGAUCUGGAGUCUGUGGUGCAACCCCUCGCCUUGAACCCGUGGGACGUUGCCCUCUGCAUCUCGGGGACCAUCAUCUCCUGUGAGAACGCCGUGGUGGUGGUGGUCAUCUUCUACACCCCGGCUUUCCGCGCCCCCAUGUUCCUCCUGAUGGGCAGCUUGGCCACCGCCGACCUCCUGGCGGGUUUGGGGCUGAUCCUGCACUUUGCCUUUGUGUACUUCAUCCCGUCGGGGGCGGUCAGCCUGCUCACCGUGGGGCUCCUGGUCACCUCCUUCACGGCCAGCGUCUGCAGCCUGCUGGCCAUCACCAUCGACCGCUACCUGUCCCUCUACAAUGCCCUGACCUACUACUCGGAGAGGACGGUCACCAGGACUUACAUCAUGCUGAUCCUCACCUGGGGAGCCUCCGUCUGCUACGGGCUGCUGCCCGUCCUGGGCUGGAACUGCCUGCAGGAGCCCUCCGCCUGCAGCGUGGUCCGACCGCUGACCAAGAGCCACCUCGUCCUCCUCUGCGCCUCCUUGCUGGCGGUGCUUGCUGCCAUGCUCCAGCUGUACGUGCAGAUCUGUAGGAUCGUGUGCCGGCACGCCCACCAGAUUGCCGUCCAGAGGCACUUCUUGGCCAGCUCCCACCACGCCACCACGCGCAAGGGCAUCGCCACCCCGGCCGUCAUCCUGGGCACGCUGGCGUCCUGCUGGCUGCCCUUCGCUGUCUACGGGCUGCUGGGGGACUGCAGCUCCCCGGCCCUCUACACCUACGCCACCCUGCUCCCCGCCACCUACAACUCCAUGCUGAACCCCGUCCUCUACGCCUUCAGGAACCAGGAGAUCCAGAAGGUGCUGUGGGCCGUGUGCUGCGGCUGCUUCUCCCCCACGCUGCCCUUCCGCUCCCGCUCCCCCAGUGACGUCUGAUCCCCCCAUCUUUCACUCACCAUUGCAGUCGGGGAUUUGCUUUCAUUCCCCCUUUCACUCCCAGAGGCACGUGGCAGGAGCUCUUGGAAACAAGCAGCUCUUCCCAGCCUCGUCCUUUUUGGGCACAACCCCUUCUUUUCCUCUAUUUUUCCACUUUUUGAAUAGAGAG